GCCCCGUCGAUUCUAAGUAGGUCAAUCCCCUGUCCAUAUAUUUGUUUGUCAGAAAAUCGAUGAUCAUUAGACCUUUCCGGAGUCCGAGGCCGGUGUUUGUAGAGAGAAAAACUAUAUAUAAAGCCUAUACGUUAUGUACUGCUCGUAAUAGAGCUGAAUAUUAUUCGUGCCCCGGCGGCGAUGCAUGGUCAUAUGCAGUGAGUAGGGUCGCAGGUCUAGGUAUGAUGCAAGUAAUUUGACCGACUGACCGUAAACUAAUAGGGAAAAGGGGAGCCCAGAGCGAGACCGAUCGAGGCGCCGAAGCGGUAAGAAGGAGCGAAAGCUAACGGGGCAUGCCGAGAGAGGAACAGAAGAUUCCUUUAACAGCCUCAUAAUAUAUGAAAUGGAUCUGUCAUUAUACAGUUCCGAUGAUUGGGUAGAACAUUCAGUCCAUGGAAGUAUUUACCAUGAUGGAAUUAAAUUUAAUGCCUUGGUCAUCCCGUCAAGCAUCGAAGCUAUGAAGACGUUUGAUGUCAGAUAUGAUGAUAUCUGGAUCAACACCUAUUCCAAGUCAGGAACCCAUUGGACGUCGGAGAUCGUUCAUCUGAUAUUAAACCAUGGUAAUCCAGAGACGAUCGACCGAACGACCACGCAAGGGAACAUCGAGAUGAUCUACUUCCAGAAAAAUGCCUACGAAGAGGGAAAGACGCGACAUCUCCCAUUCUAUAAGAUCAUAGAGAAGGCGCCCUCUCCUCGCAUCAUACAGUGUCAUCUACCUGUUAGAUACCUUCCACCUGGAAUUGAUGAGAAAAAAGCUAAGGUGAUCUAUGUUGCUCGAAACCCCAAAGAUGUGAUUACUUCCCUCGAUCGAUUCGUAGGAAAUAAUGAGAUGGGUGAUUACAUCAGAUGGCAAGGUGCCCUCAAGGAAUUCAUGGAUGGAACAAGGAAUUAUGGUUCAUGGUUUGAUCACGUGAAAACAUCAUGGGAUCUACGUCAUCAAGAAAACAGAAUCUUCAUCAAAUAUGAAGAUAUGAAAAAGGACCCAAGGGGAGCCGUCGAAUCAAUCGCCAGAUUUCUGGGACGCCAUCUGUCGGACGACACUGUACAGAAAAUUGUGAAACACAGUUCUUUCAAAGGAAUGAAGAAAAGUUUUGAUAAGAUUGAAGAAGCUGGAAAAGAGGAACUCGUCAAAGCUAUGGGGAAAUAUCCCUACAUGAGUAAAGGUGUAAUCGCAAGCUGGAAGAACCGAUUCACGGUGAGCGAGAAUGAAGAGUUCGACCGAGUCUAUCAAGAGAAAAUGGCUGACACUGAUUUGCGAUUCGAUUUUGAGUAGGCAUUCUAUUAAACUGAACAAUCUAUUAAAAUUGUACAAUUUCGCCACUCAAGAAGGUGCUUUAUAAUAAGAAUAAUAGCUGGAUUUAUAUAUAGCCCUUUGCCUGAUGAUACAAACGCUGCCAUUAUUACCCCCGACUUAAGCUUAGCUGCCUAUAAGCGCUCGAUUAUUCCAGGAAUUUCCUCCUACCGGGUACCCAUUCACCUCACCUGGGUUGAGUGCAGCACAAUGUUGGUAAAUAAUUCUUGCUGAAGGAAAACACGCCAUAUGGCUGGGAAUUGGACCCAUGUCCUUCAGAUUAAAAAGACGAGACUCACAACAACUAGACCACGACGCGACACCCCCACACAUAUUAUGAGCGCGUUACUCGGACAUAAGGUCACACAGUUUAUUUUAAUUUUAAAGAAUAGAAGUAAAUGGAUGUGAUAGACGUGCACUUCUCGAAUCUCUCUUUUUAGACAAUAUUUUUUUUUUCAUUUUUCUAUGUUCUUUCAUUUUUUCUUCUUUCCAUUUUUAUUGCGCUAUUCGAAACAAAACAUGGACCGUCACCACUGCAUGGGCGGCCGUGAGGUCCAAAAUUAUUAAGCUUAAUAAUACUAAUAAUAAAACGUGUUAAAUUAGAUGACAAAUGACGCAAAAUAAGAUUACGAUAAAAAAUAAAACAACUUUAGAAGUAAAGUUAAAGCAGAAAAAAAAGACUGUCAUCUUUAUUUCUGAAUGUUUAUGUAUCUAAUAUGGGUUGCUUAUUUCUAAGGUUGAUAAUUUUGGCCCUUGUGGCUGCCCAUAACCCUGGAUCUUAGCACCGCCCCUGUUUGAUUAGAGUUUUCGCAUUUACUACGGAGACGCUCUCUACAACGCAUCAAUUCCUUUGAAAAUGCACGUCAAAUCAUAAUGGAGAGCUGAGAGGCUUUUGUCGCGGGAAGUUGGUGAACCGGGACAGCAGCGUCGUCUCUUGACUCUGGACAACGCCUUUGCAAUUGUUCGUCCGGUGAAAAUCUUCGGAUAAUCUACUGUCUGGUCCACCAACAUUCAACAAAAGCCUCUCAGCUCACCUUUGUGAUUUGGCUAGCAUUUUUAAAGGAAUCGGUGUGUUGCAGAGAGCGACUCUGUAGUAAAUACGAAAACUUUCUAAUACUAUUUCAUUUAUGUCAGAAAAUAAAUUUUACGUGC